AUGCAGAUCACAGUUUUAUGGACGUUUUUGCUGUUCAUAUCAUUAGCUUUAGCUGAUGUAUCCAUUUCUAAUCCUUCAACAGGACAAACUUUUGAUGGCUCGGAUGGAACCGCUACCGUCAGCGUGAAGUGGAUCGAUGACGGAAACGAUCAGGUGCCUUUGAAGGACGUUGAAAAAUAUUCCAUCGUUUUGUGUACGGGUCCAAACAACAACAUCAAGCCUGUUAAGAGUUACACAACCUCUUUAUCUGGAUCCGAAACGGGGUACGAACUUUCCAUCAAAGCGUCUGACGUGCCUAAUGGCGAAUACUUUGUCCAGGUGUUUGCAAAAGUCAAAAACGGCUACACCAUUCAUUACACGAACAGGUUCAAGUUGACAGGUAUGUCCGGAUCAGCAGGUAGCUUCACAUUCCCAGGAAGCUUGUUCAGUGUAACGGGUGACAAGCCAACUCCGCAGAUUGAUGUUUCCAGUUCUUCUCAGACGAUUAACUCCGCUUCUUUCACUGUUCCUUACACUUUGCAAACUGGCACAUGGAGAUUUGCUCCUAUGCAGCUCCAGCCAGGUACCACAGUUACACACACUGCUUAUUCUACAAGACACCCUUCCUCGGCCUAUACUCCAUUCACGAGCAUUAGUCCUUCUCCUAAUGUCUACUCUACCAUCACACCGGGAUGGAGUUAUUCUGUUGUUUCUAAAAUCAACUCUGCUCCUGUUGCUCCAUAUCCUACUUAUUACUAUCCCGCAUCCUCUAGAGUGUCUCAAGCAAGCUUGAGCUCGGCAAGAAGAAGAAGAUGGCUUGAUUAG